GGCACAAACUAUAUACCUGGCUAUACAUUAAUCUAUAUACACCUGUUAAUUAAAAUGUCAACGCUUCAAUGGACAGCACAGCUUCAAAUAUAUAUAAAUAAAUAACUUGGCCAAUUGCAACAAUUCGAACAGCGUGUAAUUCUUAGCAGCAAAUAGAUUCGACUUGACCACAUAAUAGACGUGUGGCAAGCAGCUACGCUUGAGCGCCGCUCGGUGGCAUGGUAAAAGUCAGAGCAGAUCCAUUUAGAGCCCAGCUUAAGUUUGGGACAGCGGCCACUUUUCGGCGAAAGGCCGUUAAAGUCGCUCAACUAAAACAGUCGUAAAACCUUUCGAGAGUUUCUUCUUUAGAAUUCAAUCAAAUCUGCAGACCUUGUCUUCAGUUCGAUUCUAAACGGCGCGCGGCGUAGUUCGUGUGUGGAAGAAAAACAUAAUGUGGCAGCAACAAAUGUUGGUGUUGAGCGUUUUUUGGCUCCUGGUGCAUGCCGAGGGCGGGUUUAAUCGCGUCGCGGCAAACAAUGAGGCGCAGCUGCGAGUGAAUCUCAAUGCCUGGCAACCAUUGACGGGCCACAACAAUUGGCUAAUACUGCAGGCAACGACAGCAACAGACGUGCAACAACAACAACAACAGCAGCAGCAACAACAACAGGGGCAACUUCCUGUCAAUUACUACGCCUACAAUCAUCGGUAUCAGGCGAGCGAUUCGGUUGCCGCAAACGCUGCUGCCAGCGGAAAUUACAAACAGGUGCGAGCGAGUCUCAAUGAGAGCCCUAGCUACGUGUGGGCCAUAAGCCCAGCGUUGCGACAAGUGUCGCAGGAUGUGGCGGAAGUGAGAGCGCACCCCGAGCCGGAAGUGCGCCAAGCUGACAGCUACGCGACUCUCCCUAAUGCACCUGAUGAGGCCAACGAGGACAUCCUGGCAUCCACGCCAACAGCUCUCCAUAUUAACAACUAUUUGGCGGCAUUCGAGCGAGCCGUGCUUAAGGUUCGCAAUUUUUGUGACACUGUGCGUGAGAUGAUAAGCAUGGAGGAGGCUGUGCCGGAGAAGGAGCAGGAGCAGCAGACCGACAGAGAUGCCGAGUCCAGCAAAUUAGCAGAAGCAGCAACAACAUCAAAAGAAGUUCAAGGCCGACACAAUCGCCUGGCUGAGACCUAUCAGAGCCGCAAGCUGAAGAAGUUAAAGAAGAAAAUUCAGAAGCUGCUGCUGCCGCUGCUCAUUGCGUACAAACUAAAGUUUCUGACACUGAUACCCGUUCUAAUUGGCGGCCUCAUCCUGCUGGUGGGCACCACCGGGCUGGCUGGCUUCUUCUUUGCCCUGUUUACGGCCGUAAUGAGCCUCAAGUCAUCAACAGGUGGUGGUGGGCAUUCCAGCAAAGCGAUUCUUUUAAAGAAAAUUUAGAGGCCAACAGCGUUUGAUUUAAGAUUUAGUUCCAGUUUCCUCUAAUUAGGGCCCGGCCCUCGCCGCUGGGCCUCAGUUUAAGCAGGCAGUUAAAAGGCCAAACGGCGAUGGGCUUUAUUGAUAAUACACUAAAAUUAAGUAAUAUUAACAAAGCGGCCGCAAGAGAAAAGUUUCUUAGCCUUACGAAGUUUCAAUACCCUUAUCUUGGUUCAAAUUGAAUUGAGUUAAAAUUAUUUAUUUAUAUUUUUAAGAUGUUUGUGUAGACAAUAAAAAAUAGUGCAUUUAAUUGUA